CGUCUUUCUCGCGGCGGUGUUGUCCCCGCGCGCCAUUCCGCUCCCGCGCCACUCGCCCCUGCGGCCGCCGACUCCGGGCUCGAGGUGCGCUCAGAAGCUGCUCUUCCACGAGAGGCGGAGGGAUGUCCAUCAACAUAGACAAGGACGCCUUCUUCCGGCGGAUGAACAAGGUCUAUUCGGCCUGGAAGAAAGCAGAAAACAACAAGGAAGAUGGCUUUGGAAAGGCUGAUUCCCUGGUGUCAACAGUUGGGGCAGACCAAGAAGUUAUUUAUUCCAAGUCGACAGCAACUCAGACAUGGCUUUUCGGAUACGAGCUCACCGACACCAUCAUGGUCUGUUGUGAAAAGGCCGUUUACUUCCUUGCAAGCAAAAAGAAGAUCCAAAUCCUGGAAUGUUUAGAAAAGCACAAAGAUGAAAACAGCAAUGUUCCUCCAGUCAAGCUGCUCAUCAGGGAUAAGAGUGAUAAAGACAAGGCCAACAUAUCCAAGUUGGUGGAUGCCAUUAAAGGAAGCAAGGGAGGCUCAAAGAUUGGUGUGUAUGCGAAAGAUAAAUUCUCUUCGGAGCUCAUUGAUGCUUGGAGAAAAGCAGUGAAGGAAGCUAACUUCGAACAGGUUGAUAUGAGUGCGACCAUGGCCCUAGUAAUGUCUGCAAAGGAGGAGUCUGAGAUUGCUAUUAUCAAGAAGGCUAGCAAUGCAACUGUUGAUGUUUUCUCCAAGUACCUCAAGGAACAGAUUAUGGACAUCAUUGACAGAGACAAGAAGGUAAAGCAUGCAAAACUUGCCGAGGGAGUGGAGCAAGCCAUGACUGACAAGAAGUAUGUGGGUAGCUAUGACACACAGCAGAUAGAGCCUUGUUACCCUCCCAUUAUUCAGUCUGGAGGGAACUAUGCCCUGAAAUUCAGUGUUUCAAGUGACAAAAAUCCUAUGCACUUCGGUGCCAUUGUCUGCUGUAUGGGUGUCCGCUACAAGAACUAUUGUUCCAAUAUCUGUCGAACUUUCAUGGUCAACCCAGCAGGAAACAUGCAGAAGGAUUACGAGUUUCUCCUUGAGCUUUUUGACAAGAUGAUUAAUAAAUUACAGGAUGGGGUAAAAUUAUCUGAUGUGUACGAUGAAGUAUACAAGCAUGUAAAGAGUAAGCGAGAAGAUUUGGUUGAUAAGUUAACCAAGGCAGUUGGGUUUGGCAUGGGUAUCGAGUUCCGUGAAUCUUCACUUUUGGUUGGACCAAAGACGACUUCAGCAGCCAAGAAGGGACAGGUGUACAAUGUAAAUCUCGGUUUCUCAGACCUCACAAACUCAGAGGCCAAAGACAGUGAAGGGAAGAAGUAUGCUCUCUUUAUUGGUGACACUGUAGUUGUCAAUGAGCACCUCAGAGUUGCUGGGAAGAGGGAAGCGCACUGCCAUUCUGGACUCGAAGCUGAGGCAUAAUACUUCAGAGCAGUCAAUGGAAGAAAAGCGUCGUCAACACCAAAACACAUGCACGACCGUGAUGACUUGUCGGCAGAACAGGCUGAGAGAGAAUUACGACACAAACUCACAUCUGCAUUCAAGAGCUUUCAAAAAAGGUGGAAGGUGGAAACAAUGACAAAACACCAGAUUGAAUUUGACACACCAUUCCGCGAACUUGGUUUCCCUGGUGCUCCCUUCCGUUCUACUGUUCUCCUGCAGCCAACCUCAGGGUGUAUUGUCAACUUGACUGAGUGGCCUCCAUUUGUGAUAGUGUUGGACGAAAUAGAAUUAGUCCAUUUUGAAAGAGUCCAAUUCCACUUAAAGAACUUCGAUAUGGUGUUUGUGUUCAAGGAUUACACCAGAAAAACGGCCAUGAUCAAUGCCAUCCCAAUGAACAUGCUGGAUCAUGUGAAAGAGUGGCUCAACUCAUGUGAUAUCAGGUAUUCCGAGGGCGUGCAGUCACUGAACUGGGCCAAGGUUAUGAAGACCAUCAUUGAUGACCCAGAUGGUUUCUUUGAGCAGGGUGGAUGGUCUUUCUUGGACCCAGAUUCUGAAGAUGAAGCCGACCAAGAGGAAGAGGAGGACUCGGAAGAUGAUGGAGCUUACAAUCCCACUGACGAAGAACUCGGCUCGGAGGAGGAGAGUGAGGACUACUCUGAGGGAGAGUCUGAGGUUUCAGAGUCAGACUACAGUGAAGACCUUGGGAGCAGUGAAGAGUCUGGCAAAGACUGGUCUGACUUGGAGAGGGAAGCUGCAGAAGCAGACAAGGAGCAGAAGGACUUCCAGGAUGAGUACACCAAGUCUAAAAAGGGCAGUGGUGGUGGUAGUAGCUACCGCGACAAGUACAAUGAGCACCAUCGUAAGAGAUUAAGCAUGAAGUCCUCCAUGAAAUCGAACAAGGAAAGGCGUUUGAGCAAUUCAAAACACAAAUCCUCCAAACAUGACAGCAAACACCACAAGUCCCACAAGAGUCCGCACAAGUCCCCACACAAGUCGUCGCACAAGUCCCCGAGCAAGGACAAGAGUCGACACCAUUCCAGCAGCAGUAGUAAGCAUUCUGACAAGAAGAGGUCACGCUCUGACUCAGGAGACAGACACCGCGACAGUAAGAAAAGCAGGAAAUAAAUCCAGACACUGGACUUCAACAAUUCCUGGUUAAAACAGUGAAGGCUGACAUGGCAGAUCUUGCAUCUCUGGAGUGAUGGUUUCUGAUUUCUUGAUGUUUUAAAUCAAGAUGUUUCCUCUGCAUAUGUGCAAAGCUCUAGGCAUAAUUUCAAGGUCUGAUGGCAUGCAGGGGAACCAAUCAUUCACUUGCAUCAUAGUCUUAUGUAUUCUUGUAGCCCAUGAUAUUUUAGAUAAUUUUGUGUAAGUGCUUGGUGCUCUUACCAGUUAGAUAUUCUUAAGGAGGUUUGAAUGCCCCAGUUCUUAGCAGUGGUCGGUUAGAGGAUGGUCUCUCGCGUAGUAGGAUGACUGAGGAAUGUGAAGAGAUUUGAUGUAGAGUCUGGAGUAUGCUGAUCUAGGAUUACAAAAUGUCAGGGUCUCCAACGGGUGUCUGGUUAGGUAAAUUAAGUGAUGUUGUGUGGCCUAUUUAAGCAGUGUUUUUGCUUGAUUUCAAGAAGAAAGAUGGAGGAUAAAUGUUGUAAACUUGUAAUUACAUUCAGUUGAUGAUGUAGUGCACACAGUAUUGUUUCAAACUUCCAGUUAUACUGUGCAUAUCAAUUUUAGAAGAUUUGAAAACAUUUCUGUUUAAAUAUUAGUCUGGUUUCAUGGAUACACACUAUUAAUUUUGCAACAUCUAGAAGUCAAGAUCUUGUGUUCCUGUGAUGUGAGUGGCACAUUAGAGGAAAGUCUGCACACAAUUACAAGGUAAUUGUUUUAAUUAUUUUUGUACCAUAGGAAAAGAAUAGUUAACAAAUGUUUUGUUGUAUAUUCAUGUUUUAAUGUUUUUAGUGUAGAUUGGCAUAGGAAUGUCACUUCACUCCAAGAGUUGGAUAUGGGGAAAUAACUUGACCUGUAAUAAGCAUUGCUAAGUUUUAAUUGUGGGUUCAGUUUCUCAUUAUGAAACAUUUAUAUUUACUUUUUCAUUUGAUUAUUGGUUCUGUUUUGUUAUUUUAGAGGAAUAUUAGGAAACUCAAAUAUUGCUUAGCAAGAGCAUUGUAUGUGUUACAAGUAACUAUUUAAAGGAGUGGGAGGUCACUUAAGUUUAUGCGAGGCAAGUUAUAUUUCCAGGCAUGUAAACUGGUAUGAACAAAGGUUUAAUGUAUUGCAUUUUAUAUUCUCUCCCAGUGGAAAGUAAAAAAGUAUUUCUUAA